AUGUUUGCUGUUCCCCGUGAUGUCCCCGUGUUCGUGGGAUCUUAUCCCUUCCCUCUCCCUGAUCUUGGGUCCUCCUCCGUGUCCUCCCCGUCGUCAUCGACGAGGCCGUCGUCGCCAAGAACGCGAACGCCUGAAAGCGUCCGCUUCCACGGCCGCCGCCGCCCGCGGCGCCAGUCCGCGCGCGCGCGUGCAGGCCCGCGCCCGAACGAGUUCCUCCUCGUCGUCCUCCUCCGCGGUGGCCUGGGGCGUUCCAGAAAAGGCCUCGCCUUCGAGGGAUCGAGGUGUUGCCAGCCAUUCCUCGGCGAAAGGCGGCAGAAGUUAGUGGAAGCAGAAGGAGGGCGGCUUUGCUUGCGAAAGCUGGCGUCUUGA